CUAGAUAACAGAGGUGGCUGGCUUCUUCACCUAAUGACUUUGAGGCGCAAAGGGGAGAAUCCCUACUGAGGAACUGGCUCAACAAGUUCAAGGCCUGAUGAGGACAUUUCACACGUAGUUUCAUAGUUUCGUAGUUUCGGACCAAUCAACCUCAAACUGACCAGCCCUAAAGUGGGGGAGGAAGACUCUUCGGAUGCUUUAAAACCCCAGGACUCGAGAGAAGAGACUGGGGUUUUCGGCUUCCCGAGCACCCUCUCUGCUUUACAAGAGGAUCCUUUUCUCGACUGUAUCAUUUUCGGGACCUGUCUCCGGAUUUCUUCUGAAGACGGUAUAAUUUUGGGACCUCAUCUCCAGAUCUCUUUCGAGGACGACUGACUCACUGAGAAAUGACUUACAAAAUGAAGAAAGAACAUGCCUUUUGGGCAACUGUGUGUCUGUUGCUUGGUGUUGUUCCUGAGCUUCUUCAUGCUCAGUCUGAGGAAGCUGAUGAUACAGAUUCUGAGCUACGGCCAAUGAAACCGCUGCAUACAUUUUGUGCAAUGAGGGCGGAAGAUGGUCCAUGCAAAGCAAUGAUAAGAAGUUAUUUUUUCAAUAUGUAUACUCAUCAAUGUGAGGAAUUUAUAUAUGGUGGUUGUGAAGGAAACGAGAACCGAUUUGAUACCCUGGAAGAGUGUAAGGAAACAUGCAUACCAGGUUAUAAAAAGAAAACUAUAAAGACAGCAUCUGGAGCAGAAAAGCCCGAUUUCUGCUUCUUGGAAGAGGAUCCUGGAAUCUGCCGAGGUUUUAUGACUAGGUAUUUUUAUAACAACCAAUCAAAGCAGUGUGAAAAAUUCAAGUAUGGUGGGUGCCUGGGCAACAGCAACAACUUUGAAACUUUGGAUGAAUGCAAGAACACGUGUGAGGAUCCAGUGAACGAGUUACAGACGAGUGACUACGUAACUGACCUCAAUACUGUAACUGAUCGCUCUACUGUAAAUAACGUGAUUCCUCAGUCUACCAAAGCGCCCAGGCAGUGGGCUGCUUUGGUACUAUGUCACCUUUAUGAUAUUUUGAAAAAACUCAUCUUUGGUUAGACUUCAAAAACCCACCGCUAACUCAGUCUCCAGCACUUGGUCUUUGAAUGAGAAAUGGAGCACCUAAGUACUGAGCCAGGGCCAUACUACUUCAUGCUAGCCUCCAGAUCCAGGGAGAAUGACUAAGUGUAAUAAAGAAGACCCUGUGGCCAAACUCUUUCCUGACUCUACCAAACAUAUGACCUAGGGCCAAACUCCACAUACAUAGAAAAUGGUGAGAAGGAAGUAAACACAUGUAAUUAUAUACAUAAUCAUUGGCCUUCUGGAAGGAGUGAUGUUGGCAGAGGAACUAUUCAGUAAUCAAAUGUCAUCUCCGAUGUGUUCAUGUUAGAGAUCUGCAAUAGAAUGCUUUCACCUAUACGUUCUCUUGGAAGAUAUUGAUUGCAUACAGAGGAAUUUUGCAAUCAUUUAAGUUUUCUGGGAAGACAAUAUCCCCCACCAACUGUGGAAUUACAUACUUAAAUGCACACCCCAAGAAGUCACGAGUGCUGUGGGCAGUGCUGUAAACUCACUUCAUCAACAAGCACACAUAGUUUGACACAAGUAUGGUGGCCUUCGGAUGUAUUCUCACUGAGAAGCAUGGAAUCUGUCUCACAACCUACGUAUUCCUGCACAGUCAAUCUGGUAGCUUGUGCUGACAUUCUGGCAAGGUGGCUUUCCAUAAAUAGACAGCUUUAGCAGAGCUCAUAUCAAGCCUUCUAGUUCCUGUCAAGAAUGCUGGCAAGAAACAAGAAUGUGGCACUUCCUCUGCCAAAAUCACAGACAGCACCCAACCUACCUAGUAAAACUCUUCACAGACAAUCUUGAGUCUAGUCAAAGACAAUUAUCCCACAUGACAGAGCCUCCAGAGAACUGCUUCUCAGACAUCAACAUAUCCUUUUACAAGAGAUGAAAUGGACAACUUCACUGUGUCAGCCAAUUGUUUUAAAUGACAUUUGUACUGAAUAAAAUAAUAAAAAUUUAAGUUUGUGACAAUUAUAAGGCUACAACAAACACUGGCUUGCAUAUUAAUACAGACCAAAGUACUAAUUAAUACUAUUAGUUUGUUAAGAUUUCUUUUUCUUAAGACAGCAGGAAAAAUCCAUAUUGGAAUAUGAAUUAUGUAUGGACAACAAAAAGACAGGCUAGGAAUAAGAAUUAAUUUAGGAAAACCUAUGCUACUCUAAGUCAUAAUUCUGAGUGUCACUUUUCUCUUUAAAGAUCGCAUGAUCUCUGCAGAAAUGAGGUGAGGAUCACUCAGUAAGAACACCCCAACUCUAACCCUCACAGCACCACAGGACUGAGUUCCUACUCUCCAAUUGUAUGAGUGCCAGGAGUGUGCUCACUGGUGAUCCCAGAAACAAAGAUCCAGGGUGUGUGAUUUCUAGAAUGAGGCCAGGUUGAACAUGUCAAUCAAGUGAUUCCUGCCUUCAGAUGUUGGCGAGCUAUUUGGCUCACCACUGUUGCCCCCAAGACGGGUUUCCAGCCUCCUUAUUAAGUUUUCUGUUUCAAUUAGGUCUCUUCCUCUUGUUCAGACUUGAUGAUCCUUGCAUGUGACAGUGCAUUAAGGUCGUUUUGAUUGGAGAUUAAGGGAAGAAAGGAUUUGGAGAUGAGAAGUAAGGAAGUUUCACAAACUUGAUCUGAUCAAGUUUGCCCAGUUAGUCUAGAAGGAUUUCUUACUUAGCUUUGGGGCGAUGUCUUAUACUGGGCAAGAACAUUAGCUUUAUGAAUGGAGUUUGAGCUUAAUUCCAGUUCUUUAAUUUCCUUGUUUUGUACCCUGGAAAAAAAGCAUGCAUUUUCUUUCUCUUAGCUUCCAGUUCUUUCCUGGCAACACAUGGAAUCUAAUAUUGUCAUAAAGUAUUUAAAACACCACAACAGCAUGUAAUACUUCCUUCUGUGUUACUGUCAACAAGAUUAUUGAUUUUAUAUUUUUGGUGGUGAUGAUAGUAACCCUGGCUCACCUUAGGUUUAUAGUCAUAAAAGUGGCUCAAAGAUAUUGUUAAUGCAUAUUGUAUUAUAGUCUUACUACAACUAGUGUUGUAACUUUAAAUUGAGGAAUCUUAAUUCAUUAUAGUUAUCUGAAUUAACAUGCAGGGCUUGCAAAAUUCAAGCAUAAUUAACUAAAUAAACUUUUAUCAUUUGUGUCUUUGGAUUUUAUUUAUGAUUAUUGGUGGUAUAAAACACUUGCCUCUCCACCUUUAGGACCUGAGGUAUAAAUUUAUGUGCUUUCUAACUUAAGUGAGAUUUAUCACUUACUAGGACCUGUAAUAGAAUAGUUGUAAUAGAACCUGGAAUGGAAGAAUGAAAAUAGGAGGAUUUUUUUUUCCAGAUGUGAUUGCCAGAUAGGAGAAGGAUUUAGGUAAAUAAAUGGCUUCAGUAAUGCGACCUUACAGAUGGUGUGGCAGGACAGAGUCAGAGUAAACUAAGUUGAAAUUUCAAAUGUGAGUACCAGUGUCCUAGGUCACAGGGUAAAAGUCGUUGCUGCCAAGUCUUCUCUGGGGAAGGCCACCCUUCCCACUGCCAGCUUUCCUCAGUUGCUCAUGAUGUUUUUGUGUAUAUUCUAAAUCUGUUUUUCCAGAUUUACAGUCUACAUUCUCUUUGUUGUAUUCUAUUCAUUAGCUAGUCUAGACUGUCUAAAAUAUCCCCUCAGGUAAACUGGAAAUAUUCUGUUUCCACAGUCUGCUGUUUCUCUGAUUGUUAGAACCCCAUUCUUUGAUUAAUGCUGACCAACAUAUUAAAUAAAUAUUGCAUUUUCAUCUUG